UGGGCAUUUCCAGAUUCACACAGGAAUUGCGUAUUAAGCAUCAGGAUUAUUGUUUUUAUUUUAAAAUGUCAGAACCUCAUGAAUCUCCGAAUCAAAUUAACCAUCAUUCCAAUGAUGAAGAUGAAUGUGGCCAUCUUGCUCUAGGCAACACAGGCAAUAACAUCACUAAUAAAAAUACGAACAGUAUUAAUAACAAUACCAUUGACACAAAUAAUAAAAACCUCGGCUCUGACAACAUUAAAAUUCAACGCAGCAACAUCAACGAUAAGACGAUGAGUAGCAUCAACAAAAUCGACACCAACACCAGUGGCGCUGACAUGUCAGAGGCUAGAGGCGAUGUUACCAGCUCAGCUGAUGUCGGCAUAGAUGCUGGCAGAGCGGCGUUCGCGUUGCAUGCUUUUCAUAAGCGAAGUUCUCUGCCCUUCACUCCUUCUGUUCCCGAUUUAGCCCCAAUAUCAUCAUUAGGGGAGGAAAAAAAUAACCUUAUUGAAGACAGCCAUAACAGUGUCGCCAUCGAAAGAGAAAAUACGAGCAGAACUUCGUCGCCGCAGGUCGUUCAGAGCCCUGAUCGCUCUCCCAGGCCUAGCUCAGACAAACCCAUGAGUAUCUCCAUGGACAAAAGCCCCCGAAACCAAAGUCUCUCCAUGAGUCCAAAAAGUUUUCACUCGCCCUGUGACCGGACAUCGGAACCGAACUCUCCAAUCUUGGCCUGCCCUGAGACUGCGACCAUCCCUCCGACUUCGGUUCCUCUGAACCUCUGCAGGAUGCCUUCAGCCUUGCCAUUGUCUUUGCCGGCCAUUACACCUAGCAAUCUAGUGCUACGAAACAGCUUUGAAAAUAUUAACAAUCAUGGCUUUCAAAAUAAUUCAGGACCGCAGAACAAUCCUGGAUCACAGAACAAUCCUGGACCGCCCAACAAUCUGGUGCAGUUCCCGCCCGGUCUACUUGCCCCGACUGCAAGCCAGAUGAGCCAAGUGCCGGCGACCUCGUUGAGCUCGCUGGUGAGCUCCCCAGCAGGAGGUGCAGCGCUCACCGCCCUCAGGCAGUACGAGCUCGCGACACAGCUCGUGUCGCAGCAGGGGGCCGUCACCAAGCUGCUCGGUUCCCUGCGGCCUCCCGGCAUGAUUGGAGGCUCCAAACCAAAAGUCGCCACCCCGCAAGUAGUGAACAAAAUUGAAGGCUACAAGAGGGAGAACCCGACCAUCUUCGCGUGGGAGAUCCGCGAGAAGCUCAUCGCCGACGGCGUCUGUACCAACUCCACGGCGCCCUCGGUGUCGUCCAUCAACAGGAUUCUUAGGAACCGUGCUGCAGAGCGCGCUGCUGCAGACUUUGCUCGCGCUGCAGGCUACGGUCUGUACAACUCGUACGCUGCUGCUGCAGCUGCAGCAUUUCCAUGGGCUAAUCCUGCCUCUCUGCUGGCAUCUCUGCCAAGCGGUUCUGCUGCUGCUGCUGGUGAAGGUGUAGACUCUGCAGGUGACGGGCAAUCGUCUGCAGACCCAUCGGCAAACCUGCACGCUGAUUCUCAGGGCGCGGCUGUAAACGCCCUCCGUCAACCCUUACCUGCCCUGACGGCAGCAUCUCAGAUGCCCUUCAGCUCCCCCUUCCCCAGCCUCGUCCCCAGCAGCAACGACUCAAGAUUCCGUCGCAACAGGACCACCUUCAACGCUGACCAGCUCGACGAGCUCGAGAAGGAGUUCGAGAAAACCCACUACCCUGAUCUCGCCACACGCGAGAAAAUGGCCGCCAAAACUAAUCUUUCCGAGGCCAGAGUGCAGGUGUGGUUUUCCAACAGACGCGCAAAAUGGCGCAGGCAUCAGCAAAUCGGCCUCAAUCGGCCAUUCUCUUUGGAUGGCGACCAGGAUCAUCACCACCAAUCCCCGAGGUCCCAUUCCCCGUACUCGGAGGAGGGGAGAUUAACCCCGGGGGACGAGGAAGGUACAUCUCUUCCAAGUCCCUCCAGCAGCAUGUGCUCGAGAAGCCCUUCAAGAGGCAUCACCCAUGGCGGCGAACCAUCGGCACAUCCUCUAGAAGAUGGGGCUCUAAAUCUUUCCACUCGCCCUCUCAUGGCCACGACGGAUCAUCAAUCAUUUAUGACAGCGACCGAACAUCACCCACUCACACCACAGUCCCAACCAUUUUUCGCUCGGUCAAGACCAACUUCGACGAACUUUCCUUCAGAUGCCCACUUCCCAGCAGCUUCAAGCUCUUCUCCUCCAGCUCUUAUACCAACAAGUUCUCUGCUGUCGCGCCCUCAGGUUCACCUCUCGCAUGACCUGACGCUGACCCCUUUAUCUCACUUCAACAGCGUCGCCCAGCAAAUGGCGGCUAAGUUUCCCGCUCUGUGUCAACCUGGUCUGUCCCAAGCUCAAGCUCUUAGUCUCAUGUCCAGUCUCCAUUUAGCGCAGAUCCAACAGGCACAAAAGUUAGGUUCGGACACCACAACCGUGAACGCUAAUGAAGAACACGAGAGUGAUGUCGAAGUUACCGAUCGCGUUGAUAUCGACGACGUGUGGCGCAAAUCACCCACCCACGAGAGUGACCGCGAAGACGAACAGUUGUCACCGAGCAGGAACCAGAAAAGCUCAAGAAGCGAAGAUUGUGAAGUUCAGGACCUUAGUGUGAAAAGACGGAGAGUUGAACUUCCAAGAGAAGGCAUCAUUGCUGGGCAACUUGAUCAAAGCCUCACAGACCCUCUGGCAUCUAUUCAAAAUAAUUUCAUGGAGAUUAUUCGCAGAAAUGCUGCUCAAGCCCAAUGCAAAUAGUUAAUAAUUGGGCAGUUGUUAUUUUCCCAAUGCUGAAUGGCGAGGAGAGCUGUUGGAUUGCAUCGAUUGUAGUUGAUGAACAAAACGUGAAAUUAGUUCAAGAAAUGUUGGAUUGAGGGUCGGUUUUAAUACAUAGGUUAUUUGAAACUAUUGCAAAGAGCUCUAAAACCAAAAGUAAUUUUAAGGUUUGAUGCGUUCAGUAUUAAGUUAUCCAUAGCUUGGAUACUUUAUUAGGUGGAAAGAUAAAAUAGUUUUAUAUAUUUGAUACAAUCAUGCACGUGACCAAAGAAUAGAAUCUCAUGAACGUAACUCUCAGUGAAAAAUUAAUUCUUUUUGUGGCAAGGUCUUGAUCUCCCUCAAUUUUUCGGGACUAAAUGAAAAUAGUGAUCUGUUAUCAGACUAUUUAUCACGCUUUAGGAAUAUCGUGAAAAGAUGCUCUAGUAUUUGGACAACUGUCCUGAUAUUCAAAAUAAUACAAUGAUCGAUGGAUGCAAAUUGUAAUUCAGUGUAUUUUGCAAUAUUAAUAGUUGUAAUAAUAAUAAUUUCGUGAGCUGUUACCAAAGUUUUUAUGACAAUUAUGUAAAGCACAGUAACCACUAUCUAUUUUUAUUCAUAAUUUCAGUAAAUUUCUCAGUAAAGGCAACGUCUAAAAUUAGUUAACAUUUUGAUUUCCCGUGAGUAAACUCGGAGCCUGUGCUCUGCUACUAUAGGCACCAAAUCGACAAAAAUUUGUUCAAAAAAAGUUUUCGGCCUGCGCAACUGUUUGCUUUUUCAACUCGAGCAUGCCUAACAUAAUUUAUUUAUUUAAAUAUUAAUAACGUUACAAGUCUUA